AUGCCGUUCGUUCCAGUUGCCUCAGUUUUCCUCGUGCCCAUCGGUCUCCUGAUCAUGAUCAAGCUCGGCGGAAACAACGACGUCACCAAGGGACAGCUAUCGCCAUUCAAUGAGCUGCUGGGCCUGAGCUAUGUUGGCAUCAUUUUCAUGCAGACGUUGGGAACAAACAUCGGUGACGCGACGAGAAUUCCCGAGGGAGUCGAUGUUCCACGUGGUCUUCUCGAGCAGUUCCCCGAGAAGGUACAAGAUUCAAAUGUCUUGCAGGUGCCUGGCCCGAGGAUUAAUCGCAAUGUCUGUGAUAGGAUCGCCAAUGGUAGAAACUGCGACCGGCUUUCGAACUGUCCCAAUCUACACCCGGACUGUAUCGCCGAACGCUGGGUGGUUCCCGAUCUCCUGUGCCAUAAAUGGUUUCAGGGCAUUUGCGGCUUUGGAGACCGUUGCUGGAAUCAGCACGGGGAUACCUUCGACAAUGCCGUGGCACUCGCGAUCCAAACUCAACAGGGCCUACGACGAGAUAUGGCGCCUUUCCUAUAUGACCCUGCAGACGGGGGUACCAUUCGUCAGAUCAAUCGCGAGGCGGCUCGUCGUAUGUUUCGAACCACGAUCAAGCACGAUUCGGAAGUGGCACUUCGGUACGAGCUGGACCACCUACUACGAGUACCAGAGUUUUGCCCACUCCGACCUCGCUCGAAGUGUGGGAAGCCGACAGAGCUCGACGUGGUGCACUUCGAGAUCGAUCUCCGACAGGCCGCGAUCGUGGUCUUCUUUCCCCUCUGCCAGAUCCGCGACACCUCCGACAAGAACGGCAGCACCGUCGACACGACCUUUCUUCGAUGGCCCCAGUAUGGAAACGGCGAUGUGGGGGACCGCGGUCGAGAGACACCGACAUCUGCUCCCAUCGUUCGGGGCCAGUCACCGACUCAACGGUGGCUAGACAGCCCACACACCACGCCGAUGAUGGUCGAGGUCGAUGACAACAACCCUGAGUCGACUACGACGACAACUCACCACAGAGUGCCCGACGAUGAUGAUUUGUGGAAUGCCGUCGAGACUGAAGUGCAAGAAUCUCGACGAGCACGACAAGAACCAUUCGACCCGUGGGCAGAAGUCGACGAAGUGAUCAACCAGAACAUCCCCGAGUCCGCGAGGCGGGUUCCUCCCCAGACUACCACGGUCCAGGUCAAAGCCAUGCCCAAGCAGCCCCCGAUCACGCUCAACCUCGACCCGGUCGGCAACCCUUCCGGUGACGGUUUCACCGGAGUUGCGAUGGCACAACCGAUGACGGCUUCGGUGACCUCAUCGAUACCGGCAACCAUCUCGUCGAGACCACCCACGACAACAUCCCCGAUGACACCGGUGCUCAACGAGCCCUUCAACAUCGAUGGGUUCCGGUUGGCCUGGCCCGCUGAGCAGUUCCGGAACAAGGGGCCCACGGCUCUCGACGAAAUUCGCCGAGAACCACCGGUGAAUGAGAUGCCGCAAUUCGGCUUCAUUACGGGUCGCCGAUUCACCGGCUUCCCGGUGCUCUCCAUGGCUUUGGCACCGAUGGUGCGGCUGGGCGCAAACAACGUGUCGAUGCUACCACCGGGGAACCAUCCGUACGCGGCCUUUGCCGGGAUGCCCCUUGGGAGAUUUCCUACGACGGCGUGCUCUACCUCGACCAGGACCUACUUCGCGGGACACCCCGACACGGCCCCUCACUUUGCGGCCGAACCCCCGAGCUAUGGUCUCAGGCGAUGCGCGUCACCGAGUGAUACGGAGCCCGUUGGGACCUCUUUGUAUGUGAACCACUUCCGCCUAGGUGCGGUGUUGCCGGCAGCCCGAGCCUUGGAGGAACUCACGGGAGGUGUCGACCCUUCCUCGAUCGAAGGCCGGCUUGCCAAGCAACGACGCCGCAUGUACGACGAGGAGACUGCUCAGGUAGCCGUCGAGGUCCUCGCUUUUCGCCGAGCCCAGGAACAAAUGGGCCUGGCGCGAUUGCGGCAACAGUUCUCUCGUGCCGAAAACGAACAGCUCUUCGAGAUUUGGCGCCGACGCCUGGCUGGCGAAGCAGUCGAUGCGGAGGGUAACCCGGUUCAGAGCCACGAGGCCGAGGUCAUCGAGAAGGGCCACGAAGAUGGCAACAAAAGACUUCGCGAGUACCUCGCCUUUCUCUCCGCGAAGCACGACGACCCCAGACACGAGAAGUCCUUCGACUGUACCUUUUGCGGCAAGCUCUUUCCGGCGCACUUCCUCCUUUGCCUCAACCCAGCCGAGCUCGACGAUUGUGGCGCAAUGUACACUAUAGGAGCCCGAGGUACAGUCAUAGGCCAGCGCUACAACAACUUCGAUCGGGCAGACGUCGCUGACUUCGACGACGACUACGACCACACACACCGGGACAGUGGCAUGCCGGUCUUCCGACGAAAGGGUCAGGUCGUCACGACCAUCCCUGUACACGAGUGGUACUCGUUGUGCUCCAAGGUUAUCACCUACAGACGCCGACAACUCUCGGAUCAAGUUCGCGACCAGAACUCCUCUUGGAAGGCGAUGUGCGACGAAAUUCGUCGAGAAAGACCCGACGAGUCCAGUGCUGGUACUCGCCGAGAGGUCCGAGCCCGCAUUUUGACUCUGACGGCUCGAUUCGUCGCCGAUAUGGACCAGCUCGACACAGACCGGCGAGCUCGAGUGAUGAUAGCCUUCGAGCAGUGGCAGGUGUCCUACGGCUAUGCCUUCUGGGACAUGGCCCUCAACGACACACCCCUCACCAACUGCCUCUUCAAGGUCACCGAUUCCUUGGGCCAGCACUUUAUCUGCCGAAAUGUCGAUUGUACCUCCGUCAUUCACAACCACCACUGGCUGCGCCAGAUCUCGACAGACUACCCGAUCCGAGAGCAGCAUGGUCGCUACACCUGCCCGAAGAUGCUUGUCAACAUCGAUGUCGAGGUCCACGGCGGCCAGCGCAUCUCGAAGAACAGCACCGACUAUCACCUGUUCCUGAUGGAAUGGGAGAAAGCCGACGACGAUAUGCUCUUCGGGAGGCUCAAACAGAUCAUGGCCGAAUAUCGCGCCGAUCUGGGGACCGACAACUUCCGAGCACCACUGCAAGCGGCGAUUCGGGACCAGGCUGUGAAAUACCAGCUCCUGGGCUACUUCGAGGAGAUCGCGUGGACCCUCGAGAACAUGCAGAAAUUCCUCAACCGUAACUACUCGAUCAAACGCCAGAACAGGUAUCGACCGGAUCUCCUUCCCACCGCGAAUCAUCCAUACAAAUACCAGGACGAGACUUUCAACACGACGGAGCACUUCGAGGCGUACGGUGUCGGGUCGACCCGCAAGGGUCCGCCAUAUUAUCACUUUGGUGUGUACCAGUACGACCCCGACGCCACCGUGAUCAUGAAGCAAAACGACUUCAUGCGCUUUAUGUCGCUGUGUUACAUCCAGCUACGCGCGAUCCAGUACAUCCAGGGCGACUACAGCUUCUCGAACGUGAUUUUGAGCUCCUCCGACAACGCCGACGGGAGCGCCAGGCCGCCUUGUAAGGUGGCUGACAACGACUGGAUAGUAUUCGACUCCAGCGAACUCCCACUGAGCCCGACGGCUGGGCAUUCCGCCAGCGACUUUCCAGCGAUGGCGCUGGUUGUUGGCUGGACCGGAUUUCUCGGUGAAAGUCCGGCGAUUUAUCGUUCGAACCGUGGCGCGAUGCAGAGACGAGUGUUUUGUUCCCGACUCGUCAAUCGAGUGUACAGGGACGUUAACAUCACUGGCAUAGGCGUGUCGGUAAGACGCGACGGAAGCUUUGUCAUGCCCCUUCUACAUGCCCACUGCCCCGGCUCCCAGUUUUUGGAACUUAGUAAUAAACCGAACCUCCACGACAUCGACCUCGCUGCCUUGCGGAACCUCGAAGCGAUCGUCAACGGCCUGACUUACCAGAUCAACGCACUACGACUUCGCAUCGACGCGAUCCGAACUGGGGUACGCACAGAACGACGACGGAGAAUCACCGAGUUUGCACAUAUCUUCGAGAGCUACGUGCCCAUUGAAGUCUUCAUGGCAGCAGCUCGCAACGAGUCGAACGACUACUCGGACGUCCUCUUGCUCUUCAACAACUUCGUGAUGAAGGCGGUGAUGUGGCUAGAGCAGUUUUUCAGUCUGGCAUCCCGAGACAUACUCUCGGUAGAUGCACUGAGAAACAUACCCGAGACGACCCUGGUCGAGAUAUCCCGACCCGUCUCGACCUGGAUAAGUUCCUUGUCUAAGGCAUUAAUGGCCGCGAGACCAGAGUUCCGCGAUGAGAGCCUCAACGAGCUGCGUAAGAACACAUACGCAGCUACCACGAUGAAAUCCCGUCGGUCGACGCAGUCGCGGCGAGUCUUCGGGCCGGCGGAUAUAAGCCGAGGUCCCUCGAAGCUCAAGGAUUCCUUCUACGUCGAGGACAUCGCCAAGAUCUCCCACAUGGACUUCGAGUUCCCAGGGCAGAUGCCUGCGCUGGGCACAACGAUUGUGCCACCGAAUCGACAUGGUAAUCAUAUGUUGCUGGCGGCUGCUCCGGGGAAUCGAGGCGGCGUCCGUGAUGUUGAACCAGGCAUGGACAGAGAUUACGCAUUCCGGCCGUACGGCCUUCAUCACUUGCCACGCACGAAGAUGGACAUCGUGGGCGAUGAUUGCCAACCAAUGAAUCAGACAGUCGAAAUAUUCCGCUCUGUCAUCGAGGCGACAGGGACUACGAUGACCUGCAAUGGACCCGAUGGUACGAUGUUGCAACGGUCUUGUGAACACGUUUGCCGAGUAUCGCGAGCACAGAUGCUGACACGCCGCGGCUUCCCCCUGGACACAGUACAACUCUUGCAGGUCUACAAGAGGCUCCUCUACAUCGCGGCGAUCAACAUCAUCGAGCACAGGAUCAAGGGAAACCCGAGCAGAUCAGAGAGAUGGUCGAGCACUACCUCGAGACGCUACGACAGAAGUUUUGGGUGGUCAACACGUAACACGAUGACGAAGAUGGUCCACCUCGCGGAAAUCUCCGAGACAUCCACCGAUAGCACACACUGGCGCACGAUAUGUGGCUGGCCUUACGGAUUCGCGCCUCACAGGCGCGAGUAA